AUGGAUAGUGCAGAUGACGUUGGAGUGCCGGUGCGACGAAAGCAGAAGAAGCACUUCUUGGAGGACUCGCGUCUUGUCUGGGAGCUGCUGGGCGAUGAAGCCUCCAGCGAUCGAGGCUGCCACGACCUCCAUCGUGAUACUCUGGGCCGUCGCGGCAGCGGCCUGUGCCGAGGCAGCGACUCUGUCCCUCUCUGCCUUGGGCAGAAGGCAAGAAGUGUGUCGCCACAGACACAGGUGAGCCCAAUCAGCCCACUCCAAUCGCCACAUGGGCAGAGCCGUGCGGUUCCAGACGAAGUGGCAGAAUACGGCUUCACCCGGUUGAGAAAGUCACCUCAUGGUGGGCGACGUGACGCUUCUCCGCUGGCGUGGCCCGAACCAUCAGAAGGCUUCUCGUCCCCCACACCCAGUUAUCGUGGGUGUUCGAGGCGGCAGGAUUCAAGGCAAGCGCGAGCGUGCCUGGAGUUGUUUGCUCCGGACGCAGGCUCAGCAGCGCCGUCGUCCAUGCCAAGCGCGCGCAGCCGGAGCAGCCAAGGUUGGGUCGGCUGGGGCCAGAAUGAGGUGACCGAUCGUCGCGAGCAGGAGAGAGUACUUCUGCAGGAGGAGGUUCAAUCCGGAAUGACGAGACGGUCAGGAGAGAAGCGUGAUGCUGAAGGUGGCGGUGGGAAACUCGGCUUGAUGGCUGACGGAUCGACCAACGACCGAGGGCGCUGCCUCCUUGCCACAGAGGAUGCUGACACCGGCGAUUGCAUGAUCAGGGAGAAAGCGUCGUUUACGCACGACAUGGGCAGUACGGUCUCGGAGCAAGGUGCUGCCUCGAUUUGGGAGCAGUUCCAUCAGCUACCUAGCGAAGUCCAAGAUGCCAUCUGGGGCCUGUACUGUCCGGAGCCUUCGGUGGAAGCUCUUGAAGAGUCGCCAGGGUAUAUACGGUCUUCCAAAGAGCAACGUCGAUUGCUUGGAAUUCUGAAGGUGAACAGUGUGAAGCUGAGAGGCCCCGGCGCUGGCGUUUUCUUGACGAUCAGCCGAGCGAACCAUUCGUGUCGGCCCACAUGUGCAUUCGUCCUUGGCGAGGAAGGAAUGUGCAGCUUGGUGGCUGUUCGACAAAUCAAGGCUGGCGAGGAGGUCACCGUCUCCUACAUUUCUGAAAGCAGCCUCCUUUUGCCAGUUCAACAGAGGCGCAGCGCUCUUUAUCGCCCUUGGCAGUUCCACUGCCAUUGCGAGCGCUGCGUUGGCAUCGACGACACACGCGGACAUCGCUGCUCUCUGUGUGGUCGCGGCAUUCAGUGGGCCUCUGCGGAUUCUGGUGUCUGGCAGGCUUGUGAUCAUUGCGGCGGGCACAUGGAUGACAAGGAGCUGGCGCAAUGCCUGAGUCGGUUGUGGUUGCGUUACAAUGCAAUGGCCCCGCUUCAAGUUGAGGCGGAGUUGGCCUCUCUUCAGUUUCAGCGCGGCUGCGACGGGCCGCCGGAGCGCAAGGAGGCGAAUUGGAUGACAGAUCUGAUUUCGCUGCACCGCACCUUGCGUGAUUCGCCACCUCCCUCGCCCGGCCUGGAUACCCACUGGAUCGGGUCCAGCAUUGCAGCACUUGCUGCAGAAGCGCAUCUUUGGCGUGGAGAGUUUGACGAAGCAGCUGCAGCAGCAACUGCUCGAGUUGCUUUUGUCAAGAGAGUGCUGCGUGCAGAGACGGUGGGACUACGGAAGAUGGAGGCCCUUCCGCGGUUAGAAUCACAUAAGCGAUGGGUUGCUGACGGCUUCGGCCAGGGCCGAGGCGAAGAAAUAGGUUUCAAGACGGGAAAUGUCGGGGUGUCCAAGGGCCUGCAGUCUUUUGCUACGCGUGUUCUUCUCGGUGGUACGGAUUCUGGGGCUCAGGGCAUGGCUUCCUCGUGUGCUGCAGGAUUUACUGUAAGCGCAUCUGUGGAAGAGCCAGUGGCAGCAGAUGAAGAUGAGCAGGGCAAGUCUGAUCUCUGGGCACCAUGGCUCCUCAACUACGAGAAGGCUCCUGCUUCGCACUUCAGGAGCUACAUGAACAGCGCACCCGGCUUUCAAGCACGAGCAUGGAAGGCCGUGCCGGCCGGCCGGCUCCGGCUCCCUUCCCCUGCGGCGGCCUCCACCUUGCGGGAGGCAGUGUGCGCGACACUGGCCUCCGUCGUGGCAGGCCUCAGCGCUGCGGUCCAGAAGGGCAUCUCCACGGAGGGUGGAGGAGGACAGCGGACGAAAGCUGUGUACAAGAUCUACAAAUCGUCGGCUCAGGAGACCUUCUUGGUCGCUCCAGCCAGCGGUCGAGCUGGAAAGGUCACCACGAUCGCACGGCUCAGUGUUCCCGCAGUCGUUGCUCCUGUCCUAGGUCGCCACCAGCGCUGUUUGCUCCGGUAUCGUGAGAGUGGUCGCUGUCCUGAGGAGAGGCGAGAGCGUGCGCGGCCUUCAAAGGCGGGCGAAAAGGUGUUCACGGUGGAUAGCCCCGUCGUUGGCAAGCAGUGGCCGCCGAUGGACCAGGUUGGUGACCCAAUGACUCCACAACGCUGCCGGGACAUCAUGCACCAGCUGCAUCAGCAGGAAAUCGAGAAGAUGAGGAGCCACCGUUCCUUUCCGAUGCCUCAGAUAAGGCCAGGUGAUCUCGUCGAGGUCAAGUACGAGCUGAGUCGCAGCCAGCAAACCUUCGCCGUCUUUCAAGGCUUCUGCGUCGAAGUGCGGAACAAGUUCCUGAACUCGGGCUUCGUCUUGAAAAAUACCUACGACGGAGUCGGAGUGGAGCAGCUGGUCCCACGCUAUUCGCCUCGAGUGCUUGGGGUUCGCGUGAUCCAGGCGCUGAAGCCAAGGUCCGCGAAUGUGGACAAGCGGCCAUUCACCAGAAACUACCGUUAUGCCUGGCACUAUUUUGUGCGUGGCAAGUACUCAUGGGGCAAGCGCCUCCGCUGGCGAUUUCAUACACCUCAGCGGCCUGGCAUCAUGUCUCUGGAGCCAAAGAUUCGCCGAGAGCUCGCAGCUGUGCGACGACGGUAUCAGAUGCAGCGCAAGGAGGCGCGCUUGCCACCAUACAUCUUUCCUGGUCCAUACCAUGUCACCCGGAGGCAAACACGGGAAGUUUCGGCGGAGCGCUACCGCCGCAUGCUGAUCUACGCCUGGGACGAACGACAGCAGAGAGAAGCAAAGAAGAAGCGGCUCGCUGACAAACACCGGUGGGGCAAGUUCAGGAUUGACAAGGAGCCCAAGACCACCGCCUUGUCCGACCUUCCAAGCUACCAUCCCCUCAUGGAGAACUUGCCAAAGUGA